AUGCUGGAAACUUUGCAAAGUGUUUUUCGGGAUUGCUUUGGAAACAGAAGUGAAAGGCCUUCGCAUAUAAAAGGAAGAAGCACUGCGAAUCAGCGCAUAGAGUCAUGGUGGUCGAUAUUGAGAAAGGAAAAUGCUCAGUACUGGAUCAAUUUAUUGGAAUCCAUUCGAGAUGAAGGGUUAUUCACCGGGAGCUACUUGGAUAAAGCUUUAAUCCAAUUUUGUUUUAUGGAUAUAGUACAAAGUGAGUUGGAUGAAAUUUGUUUCCAGUGGAAUACACAUAGAAUCAGGCGAUCGAGGAAUGCUAUCGCACCCACAGGACGUCCAACAGUUAUGUUUGAAUUACCAGAAAAUUAUGGCUAUUUAAAUUAUUUAAUAACCAUUCCAAUAGAAGCAGUAAACAAUUUAAAAAGAGACGCUGAAGUAACUAGUGAAGUUAUUUUUUGCGAUAGAGAUGUCGAAAAUGUAUGUAUGUGCAUCAUGGCAGAAAAUGGCUGGACAAAAGAUGGUAUCCUAAACAAUGCUAUAUCUCUGUAUGCUAAUCUGCGGAAUAAGGUAUUGAAUGUACUACAACAAAUUUAA